GGCCGCGGGCGCGCGCGCGCUCUCGUUGCCGCUCGCCCUCCCUCCCUCCCUGCCCCCCUCUCCGCACACACAACCACACACGCACACCCCCUCCCCUGCCUCCCUCCCCGCGCGCCGCCCGCCCCGCCGGCCCCGCUCGCCCUCGCGCGCUCGGAAGGGAGUCGCGAGACGUCGGAGCGGCGGCCACGUAGCGCUGCGGCGGCGGCGGCGGCGGCGGCGGCGGUGGCGGCGGCGGCCGAGGCCGGGUCUGCGGAGCGGCCCUGAGGACAGACGUUGGGCAGGGGGGAGGGGCCGGCCCGGCCGGCGGUUGUUACUCGAGCGCCGCGGCUACAGGCCCCCCGCCGCAGGGAUGGACCGCCGAGGCGGCGGUCGGGGCGGCGGAGGCGGAGGCGGCCGGCCCGGGAGGAGAAACAUAUACCCUCAACUUCACCAGAUAUAAAGUGGAAAGUGCAGUGGUUCAUGAAGCAGCUGAACCAGCCACAACUUGCAUUAAAGGAAGCAUUUGGACUAAUUCACAUCAAAGAAACGUGUUUUGUAGCAGAACAGACUGAGAGACUGCUUUGAUAACAUGUUCCAAAUCAUUUGCAGCUCUCUUCAAAAGGAAAAUCACUAGUGCUCUGCUCUUGCCAUAAUACCAAACCUUUUGACUUAUGCUUUGGUGCUGCAACACUGGAAGAAUUGCACACAGGUUCCAAGAAUACCAUUUUUUUUCAUUUGAGUGAUUCUUUGUGGAUGGAAAAAGAUCUGAGUCUUAAUAAUUACCCUGUUUUAAAGCUAUUUCUCUAUAGUCUGAACUGCUUAAUAAAUUAGGCCACUUACCAAUGAGCCACACAGCCAGUUCUUGUCAGGAGCUGGUUGAAAACUGUGCUGUGCAUGUAGCAGGGAUGGCACAAGAAGAUAGCCGUCGUGGUCAAGUGCCAUCUACCUUUUAUCAUGGUGCCAACCAAGAACUUGACCUGUCCACCAAAGUGUACAAAAGGGAAUCAGGAAGUCCUUAUUCUGUGUUAGUGGACACCAAGAUGAGCAAACCGCAUCUCCAUGAAACAGAGGAGCAGCCGUAUUUCAGGGAGACAAGAGCAGUGUCUGACGUGCAUGCUGUUAAAGAAGACCGGGAGAAUUCUGAUGAUACAGAAGAGGAGGAGGAGGAGGAAGUCUCCUACAAAAGGGAGCAGAUCAUAGUAGAGGUAAACCUUAAUAAUCAAACAUUAAAUGUAUCUAAAGGGGAAAAGGGUGUCUCUUCUCAGUCCAAAGAGACUCCUGUUCUUAAGACAAGCAGUGAGGAGGAAGAGGAAGAGAGUGAGGAAGAGGCCACGGAUGACAGUAAUGACUAUGGAGAGAACGAAAGGCAGAAGAAAAAGGAGAAGAUAGCGGAGAAAGUCAGCGUUACACAAAGGAGAACGAGGAGAGCUGCCUCUGUUGCCGCAGCUGCCACUUGCCCUACUCCCAGAGCUACGAGAGGUCGUAGGAAGAGUGUAGAGCCACCUAAGCGUAAGAAGCGGGCCGCAAAGGAGCCCAAAGCGCCAGUCCAGAAAGCUAAGUGUGAAGAGAAAGAGACUCUGACCUGUGAGAAGUGCCCCAGGGUGUUUAAUACUCGCUGGUACCUGGAGAAGCACAUGAACGUUACUCAUAGGCGCAUGCAGAUUUGUGAUAAGUGUGGCAAGAAGUUUGUCCUGGAAAGUGAGCUGUCCCUUCACCAGCAAACAGACUGUGAAAAAAAUAUUCAGUGUGUUUCCUGUAAUAAAUCAUUCAAGAAACUCUGGUCCCUUCAUGAACAUAUCAAGAUUGUCCACGGAUAUGCAGAAAAGAAAUUUUCCUGUGAAAUCUGUGAGAAGAAAUUCUAUACCAUGGCUCAUGUACGGAAACACAUGGUUGCACACACGAAAGACAUGCCAUUUACCUGUGAAACCUGUGGAAAGUCAUUCAAACGCAGUAUGUCACUCAAGGUACACUCCUUGCAGCACUCUGGAGAGAAGCCCUUCAGAUGCGAGAACUGUGACGAAAGGUUUCAGUACAAGUACCAGCUACGCUCCCACAUGAGCAUCCACAUUGGGCACAAACAGUUCAUGUGCCAGUGGUGUGGCAAGGAUUUCAACAUGAAGCAGUACUUCGACGAACACAUGAAAACACACACUGGAGAGAAACCCUUUAUCUGUGAAAUCUGUGGCAAAAGCUUCACCAGCCGCCCCAACAUGAAGAGGCACCGCAGAACUCACACAGGCGAGAAGCCCUAUCCGUGUGAUGUGUGCGGCCAGCGGUUCCGCUUCUCCAACAUGCUUAAGGCCCACAAGGAGAAGUGCUUUCGGGUGACCAGCCCCGUGAACGUGCCGCCUGCUGUCCAGAUCCCACUCACAACCUCCCCAGCCACCCCAGUUCCUUCUGUGGUGAACACCCCCACGACCCCCGCCCCUCCCAUCAGUAUGAACCCUGUCGGCACCCUGCCCCCUCGGCCCAUCCCCCACCCCUUCUCACACCUGCACAUCCACGCGCACCCUCACCACCCACACCACCUUCCUAUCCCCCCAGUCCCUCACCUCCCCCCGCCUCCAGCUCUCUUUAAGAGCGAGCCUUUAAAUAACAGAGGCCAGGGGGAGGACACCUUUCUGCGGCACCUGGCAGAGAAGACCAGUGCAGCACAGCAUCACUAACAGCCGUCUCCUUAAGUGUGUUCUCCACGCGUUACGUGCCCCGUGUGAGUUUGCAGAGAGGGGGUUGGUGAGCGUUUCUGUAGCUGUCAGACUCUCCUCAGCCUCCACCAAGACCUCUGUCAUUGUCUUGGUGAAUCAGCACAUCCGAGGGAGUGAACAAGAAGAAAGACUGAGCUCACGGAGGGAACUGUCAUCUAAACCAGGGAACCACCGAACUAAAGCCCAAUUUGCUUGCAUUUUCUGGUGACUUUUAUAAAUUUCAGAUACUCAGACUUGUGGAAUUUUAUAAUUUCAUAUCAGCUGAUGAGGUAUGCUUGCUUUUAUAUCCUGGACUUCUCCUCAAAGAGGGGACAGGCCUGGUUUCCUUUGUACUAAUCGGGAAGGCUGUGAGAUUAAUCCAGAGCAUUAAUUGUAUCACUGUGUAUCGUAACAAAUUCUUUUCAGCUUUUGGUGCUGGCUUCAGAGUUGAGCUGGCCAUGUUUCACAGUAUAUCAAGCAUUAUAGAGAAAGACAGAAAUUUUCUUCUUUGUGUAGCUCUCCUAAUGCACUCUUUAUUUUACUACAGAAAUUAUUUUAGAGUUUUUGUAUAGACUUCUUUAGUAGUCUGUUUCUAAAAUGAAAUGUAUUUCAAUAAGCGGUGUAAUUUUUUCAGUGUAGCUGGACCCAUGUUGUAAAAUAGAAAAAAAAUUUUAUAAUCAUCAAAAUGUGAUUCUUAAAGAUGCAUAUAACUUCUAUAGUUCAAAGUUAUUCUUACAUCCGUACAACUCAAAGGUGCUUCAGAGACUAGAUGUAUCUGAGAGGGUCUCCAGACCAGGUUACUGCAAAAAUGAGGUUUUGCUUUCAGAACUUGGUGUAAGUUCUUGGUAGUUUCUUAAUUUCUGCUUAAACUCGGGGGUCUGUUAAGCUCAUGGACAUGCUCUGUCCUCCAUAUUUCAUUUGGUUCAGUUAGUGUGUUAAAUGGAAUGAUUUGCAGAAGGCUGAGCCUUUUCCAGGGAAGUCACCUGAAGCUGGGCUGUUUUGAACAUCUGCAUAAAGCUGUUCACCAUCAAGAGGAGGAAGUGGGGGAGGCUGUUUCAUCUCAGUCAUGUCUCACUUCCCUCAGAACCGUGUUCAGGUUCAACCUUUGUGGGAUGACAAAUUGAAGUCUCCUAAUACACUGCUCGUUUUGAGGUUGCUUUAUUUUUCUAGGAUUGUCAUGAAAAGAGAAAACAGUACACUAAAAUCACAAACGUGAUGUUGCUGAUAGUGGCUAAGAAAUUUGGGUAAGAACACAAAUUGGUUAUGACUUUUUAAAAUAUCUCUUCUAUCAAUGGAUACAGUCACAACUUUGAGCUAUUCUAACACAGUUUAAAUUGUGGUGAGAGAGAGAAAACGUUUUACUGCCCUGUCUUCUGCAAGUAAUUAUGUGGUGGCAGCCUUCUUGGUGAUAAGGAGAGCCGCAUCUCUAAUUUAGGGCAGGUUUGAAAGAGUUUGGGUAACUUCUAAAGAGCAUGAUCAAUCAGGAGCUCAUUAUAAGAAAGGCUGAACAGAAGGGCUAAUACAUUUCUUAUAUUUAACUGGUCACAUUUAUCUGGACUCAGUAUAGCUAAAAAUUUUUUAACUUUUCAUCUCAGUGAACUGAAUUUCAAAGCAAGGUCUACUUUCUUUUUCUCUCCCUCCCUCUCUCAGUUUUUCAAUCUUGAAAUUUCUUCAUUUUUCUUUCCUCAAGCUUUCAAAUCUUUGCCUGAAUCAGAACCCUUACUUUUAUUUAUUUUUUAUUUUUAAUAUUAAGUGUGCAGAUAUACUUACAGCACUUUUCCGGCUGAUUAGCUUUGUGGUAGGAAAAACUGGAACUCUUUCCAUUGAGGUUAAGUCCCUAUUUUUAAAAUAUCACAUUCUCUGUUAGCUUUUUGGCUUAAUACUUCCAGAUUUUUUCCUUCUGAUUAUUGCCUUUGCCUUCUGUAAUGAGCAUAGGAAAAUUUGGGAAUGAGGCAGAAAAGUAUCUCAAGACAUACUUUUCUUCCUGUUUUUGGAUGUAAUUUCUAAGGAAUGUUGUUUUAAAUAUUUGUAUACAUUCUUUGAAUAUUCAAGUACCCAAACCAAUAAGAAAAGUUAAUUCUUUAUUUAUGGCUGUUAUAUCUUUAGUGACUUGCCUCCCAAGACUUCCACAAUCUCCUUGGCAUUCCAUGACAAGUUUGUGGGUAUACACCUUUGUGUGGACAUACCAUUAUUUAAUGUCCAAGCUUGUAAUAUUAAAAUGAUUUUUAAGAUGUAAAUUGCAGCUUAGUUAAUUGGUUAUAUCUUAUUUUGUUCUAAAUAAAUUUACAGUAUUGGGCAGCAGUUCUGAAUUCUAGACUUGAGACCAUUGAAUUGACCAUUUUAUGAGGUGUACUAUAAUUCAGGUAGUCAUAUUUGAUUUUUCAUUCAAGUGAAUAUAGCCAUAAGAAAAUAUCUACUACAUAGGAAAACCAAUAUUAAGCAAAUAAUCACCACCACCCUUAACAGAAGCAAAAAAAGAUCAUCUGUUAAAAAAAUCAGCAUUGGCACACAGUACAGUUCUUAGUGAAAUAUAUUGUGCAGCAGUCUGGAAAGUUCCAAUUUUUUUUCCCUAAAUAAGUAUACUUUCCCGGAUUCGGGGUUUGUGGUCUUCCGGAAAACUGCUCAGAAUACAAUGACUCCUAAUCAGUGUCAUAUUACAUAUGCCUGAAGAAAUGCAUUAAGAAUAUUCAUAACAUUAAUGCUUCUGAAUAGAAGAACUGCUGGAUUAAGCCUUAAACAUAUAUGUGCAUCAGGUUUAACAUGCUUAAGACUCAAACUCAGGGUUAAAAAUUUGAUCAAGGUCCUUUACUAAGAUAAAAGUUGCAUGAUAUGGUGUGUUCCCUCCCACCUAUAGUACAGCACCCUGUGACUUCUUCAGAACUUAUUACCUACUUGUUAUCUGUUGAUGAAAAAAAGAGCUAUGGAGGAGUUUGAGUUCUCAGCCCUUAUCUGUACUUAAAUUUUAAAGACAACAAAGGCCACAUUUUAGCAUUAUUUAGAUAUCAAAUUGAGGCUGUUUCUCAUGACUUAAUUUUACUGUCUUCAAAGGCUUGUAUCCUUGCUAGGGUUAAGACUUACUUGAAAAUUCCCAGCUUGAGUUGAUAUUGCUUUUUAUUUUUUAUUUUUUUUGCUUUUUUCUAUUCUUUUCUCAUAGAUUUAUCAUUCAAAUAUAAACUCUUCCAUAGCCUUAAUGAAAGGCUGCUUGUUGCUUUCUCAAAUUGAGUGGGGCAGGCACAUACUGAGUUAGAAUUUUUACAUUUGAAUGAAGAAAAUAAGAUGAACAGUUUAAAAGCAUGUGGCUUCCUUUCCAUGUAUAUUUGUGAUUUGAAUCUUAUUUUUAGCAAGCAGGAAAGUCUCUGCAUAAAACUUUACUACAGUAGUUCAAAGUAACCUUUACAAAUCAGUUACAUAUACUUUUACAGUCUACCAUUUACAUUAACUGUUCUAAACUAAUGACUGAGUGUGGACAUUACCAUAGUUGUACCAUCUUUUUUUUUUUGGCACGCGGGCUUAGUUGCUCUGCAGCAUAUGGGAUCUUCCUGGAGCUGGGAUCGAACCCGUGACCUCUGCAUUGGCAGGCGGAUUCUUAACCACUGCACCACCUAGGAAGCCCCUGUACCAUCUUUUUUAAAACUACAUUGGUUGGAAGUACUUUUUCAUUGUGGUUAGAACUCUCCCUAUAAUUUGAUUGUCCCUUGUAUACUAACUGAAGGCAAAAUACUCUGAAGAGAUGUUUGUAAACUUUUAAUUUCCUACUUCUUGAAAUUUUUUUCAGUUUUUAUAUUUGUUGAAUGGAUAUGCUUGUUUAGCUUAAUUUUUAUUUCACUGGAAGUUUUAAAUUUUAAGAAAAUCAAGCAGAAAUAGAAAUCCAUUGCAGAUGUGCAUAUAUAUAUAUACACACACACACACACACCACAUCUUGAAGAUUUCAGUGAAACACAGAAUGGUAGGUGGUGUUUUAAUGUUUAAAAAAAGAGAGAGCAAGAACAGAAAACUAAAGUUAGAGAAACCCUCCUAUUUGAGCUACUGUGUAGAAGAGACAGCUGUUAUUACGUUGCUGAGCCACGUGAUGAGCAUGUUGGUGCUGUUCCAGACCGUAUGGAAGUAUCUGAUGAACAAGGAAUAAGUCACACUUAAGGAUUUUGUCAGCUAUCUCCCAUUACAAAAAUCAACUCACUUGGAAUUCUAAAGACUAUAAAAUUGAGCAAGUAAAUAUCGGGUUUUAAUUUUCCUUUGCCUAAACCAAGAUAGGAAAUUUCCCAAAAGAUCACUUUUUUCAGGAAUGAAAGGUCAUUAGCCAUUAGGGAUACUGGCAUUUUUAAACACCCUAGCUAACCUGCUUCUGUCAUCUGUAGCGUUUAUAACAAAUGACAAUGACCUUCCAACCCUGGACACUACCUCGAUAAAGCAAACCAGAGAUCCUCUCUACACUUUCUAUGGAAGCCAUAAAGUUGCCAUCAAUAUAUCUACUUUAAUAGUUCUGUACUUUUAUACUCUCUAGACUUUUUAUAGACUUUGUGAUCAGAUCUUUUUGUCUUAGAGGAUAGGUUUUGCAAGAUUCAAAGGAAAAUCAAAUUCCUUGGUUGUCCCAACUUUGAAGCUUUAGCUUCAGUAAAUUUGUUUAAAGAACUGGGUAAUUUACCAUUUAUCAAAUUCUUCAUUAAACUAUUUUGCAGAAUUGCAUAUCCAGAAAACAAACUUCUCUUUCUUAUUCCCGAAGUGGAAGCUAUAUUGUUGUAAGAAACUACUUACAAAGUGGAUUUCUACCUUGUUAGAUUCUGUGUAUUAACUUGAUAAUAUAUGUAUUGUCAUAUUGCUCCUGGAGUUGUUUUUAUUUCCUUAUGACAGAUUAGUGAGCAUAAUCUGUCGUAAUCUCUCUAAUCGUCUAGUAUCUCACUGCAGCUUCAGUCCCUCUCACUCUGUUCUUGAGUGCCUUCAAAAAGCCAGCAUCCUGGAACAUUCUUUUCCUGAUCUAAAUCCUACCUCUGAGUAUUUUAUCCUCCAUGAGUAUUGGAACUCACCCUAAUUCCAAUUGAUUUGUCUCCACAAACUAGCUAAAACCUUGGAUGUGAAUCUUUUAUAUUUCUGUUUUGUUCCCCCAUGUCACUUUUAGAUUACAUUUUAAACUUUUAUUUAUCUUAUUUCUUCACAUAUUACAUCUCUAAUGAUGAAAGUUUUUAUCCUUAUCUUACUCCUCAUGUUCUUUUCUUUCACCAGAAACUAGAUGUCCUUUCAAAUUAAAGGUCACCGAGUAUCUCUUCUGAACAUCUAUUUCUCAUCUUAGUCUUCCCGAAUGCCUCCCCUUUCUGAUUAAGGCAUCUUGAAUGCUGCUCUUGCUGGGCCUUAUUCCUAUAUGCUCUCUUCCAGAAACAUUUUGCAAGGUUGUACCCAUAAUUUUAUUUUAGUCAAAUUAACUUAAAAUUGCUCUCUGGGUUUAUCAAAAGUCCUUUACUGAUUUUUGAUCUGCCUGUCUCAUCCUUAUGUCCCUCAAAAACUUCCAGUUACUUUCUCUUCUGCUUGUUCUCAUCUAAUUAAUUUUUAAAAUAUUGUUGAUACGUAAUAUAUGAAGGAUGUAAUAAAAAGGAGGUGUCAGUGUGUUCUCCAUGUGAUAUGAGCACCUUACUGAUAAAACAUUUUAGCAAUUGGCUCAUCUUCCACGGUCAAACUGCAGCUUGUGCUGCGUGCAGAUCGCUUGCUCCCUUUCAGUUCUUCUCCAAAACUGAAAACAAAUAGAACUCUUUAAAAUGAGGACGUUAGAUUGCUUUUUUUUUUUUUUAAGUGAAUGGAAGCUAUUGAGUUGAGUAUUUUGGCCUGAGUCAACAUCUUUGCUUUCUGACUUAAAAUGUCAUGCCUCUUUCCUUAAAGUUAAUAAUACUGAUACUCAGGUUUUCAAGACUAGCUAAUAACCACGUGAAGUGGGAGUCUAGGACGGCAGCUGUUAAUAGAUUCUUGCUCCUUUCUCUGGCGACAGCAGGUUACUGGCGGGGCCAUGUAAGUGUGAGGCGCGUGUUUGACAGUGAGGAAAUUCAGACUCCCGCAGGCUCCUCGGGCUGUUCGGGAUGGGAACCCUCGCUCACAAAAUGCAGAAAGUAGGUUUCUACAGAGAUAAGUAACAAGAACUUCUUGUUUUAAAUCUUUUUGCUUUAAUAUGCCUUGAUAGUCCCCAUUAUUGACUUAGAAGGUUGCCUCUUUUAGGUAGUACCUGGCUACCUAAAGUAACCACUUUGAAUCUGUGGCUUUUCUCCUGGGACUCUCAGGCAGUACGGCAGUGGGAGCAACGGGCAGGGCUCAGACCUGAGGAGCCACAUCCCUGAGACAGACUGUUGGCUUGUUUCAUGUCUCCGUAUGGAGACUUUGGCACAAGUAUCAAAGGGCCUUUGCCCCUGAGAAGUAUCUCCUCCGCUUUCUAGUUUCACACUAUUUGAGCUUCCCUGGUGAGGCCAGGGACGUUACAAAUUACUUGAAAAUGGUUUGGGGGAUGGGGCAAGAAGGGGUAGGAGCUAAAUUUUGCUUACCUUUGGAAGGAAAUCUGGUACUUAUAUUGUUGGUUUUGAUCAACCAAAGAGCCUGUCUCUAUAGCGGAUGUGCCAAAGAAGCAAGCUGUUUCUAAAUAUCCAGCUCCUCUGAACAAGCACAGCUUCCUUCUUACCUGUCUUACAGGUGAAAAGGGACCGUGUGAUCACAAGGCCAGAGACCCCAACUCACAUUCUGCAUAGGACUUGAGGUUGCGUUUAAUUGCAUUCAGAAUUUGGUGGGAAAUACUUUAUUCUUUUAGACUCUCUAACCUGUCCUAGAAAUAUCUUUUCUAUGCUUGAUUAUUCAACUCAUUAGACUUUUUCCAAAAGUAAAAAAAAACAAAAAAACAAAAAACUGUGUGGCAUAGUUUUGGUGUUUACUGCUAAAGUUGUAUUCCCAACCAUAUAUAUGCAGCUUCUAAAAAUCAGAUGAAUUCUUCUCAAUCUUCCAUGAGUUUGAAUAUGCACUUUCCUCUUUUCUUGACCUGGACAGUAUGGUUCUGCCCCACCAGCAGUACUGGCUUUGUCCACAAGGGAGCAACAAAAUACUUUAGCUUCUUUAUUCUCACCCUCUAAAGAAAGAUCCCGCUUUUAAGUCUCUUAUAGAAUAUUCUCUCGUGGCUCAAUAUUUAUUUAUAGAUCUUGGUUUUUAAGACAUUUUCCCUUAUUGCUAAGUGCUCAGCCUUCAUGAUGGAAACAAAGGUCGAUGUGUGGGUCAGAGGUCCUUGUGGGUCAGGCCUUUUUACAUAAUGGUGCCCAAGAUUGAAAGCCAGAACCUUCCCAUGGGAGAUCUGUUGUGUGCUAAAUGCAGAGCAGGAAGGCCACCCUCCUCACUUCUCCCAAAUCCCACCCCCAGCACAGGGCUAUUACAUCUGUUAGAAGGACAAGAGCGGCAGGGGUAACUCCGGAGUAUGAAUGAGGAAAUGCUUUUUACCUUCUCUGCUCCAAGCGGAUGUCUGUUACAGCAGGGACCACGUCCUCGGGGGUCAGCCCUGCGUCGUGACUCGGGGGAGGUCCCCUGCAGCAGCCACUCCUCCCAGUUAGAAUUCAGUUUGUGUGCCCUCUGUGUCAGUUACUUGUCUUAGGGCUCCUAACCCUCAUCUCUGACCGCAAGUUUUGUCUGUGCUCAUAGCAGCAUCUUCCUUACAAGAAGCAGGUCAGUAAUCAACUAAGAGGAAACACGAGACCCUAACUAUUUAGCCUGUGGAGCUGGGAGCCAUUUGCACCUGGAAUGGCCUUCCGAACAGGUAUCUGCCUGGCCCUUUUUCCCCAGCCAAGUUUGACCCUGAGCAGUACAGGUAGAUAUAGGCGUCCACUUGUAACUCCAACACUUGACGAAAAACAAAACUGAAGCUGUGAUCGGGUUAGGUAACGGGGCCAGGUGUAACUUGUUUGUCUUUAUUUUUGUUUUCCCCAACAGUACUGAGAUCACUUGCACUUUUCCUCAUUUCUUAAAGAAAAAACCCAGUUUGCUUGCCAGGAAUUGUUCAGCGUUAGGUUUACAAAGCUUGUUGAAUGUUGAACAUUUAUUUGUCCAAAGGAGUUUGACAAAACAGAAGCUGCUCGGUCCCUGUUCUGCCUGCUAGGUCAUAAGGAUUAAGGCCAUGUGGCUGGGGUACUUGUGUCACGUCCAGAAGAGGGCAGUGUCCCUCUCCUACCUCUGUGAGGACACAAUUGAAGGUCAAGUUGGACUCAUGUAAGGCAGGUACCUCUCAUGCUGCAAAGAAGUUUAGAGGAGUAUUUCAGUUGGGGAGGUGACAGGUAAUAGGACAGGAUCUCGUAAGAUGGGAAAGAUACUGGGGAGAGGAGAGCUGCUUGGCCCCAGGGAACCGUAGUGAGGGGGAACCAAGCUUCCCUCCUGAAUCUCCAAACUUGCCCAGCUUCCCUGAGUCCUCUGUAUUCCAGCAUCCUGUCAGAUCCCUCAGUGUACUGAUUUUCCCCCCUUGUGUUAACUAUACCAAUAUUAUUUUUUUAGCAAUUGAAAUGCACUUUUUUUAUUUCAACUCAAUCAUGAUUUUAAGUAUAAGAAAUUUAUAGACUGUUAAAACUACUUUUUUGUGUAUUUUUAACCACUUGAUGUAGCAUUGUCUAUUUUAUUCUUAUGAGACUCUGGUACAAGGUGUGCCACUUCAUGAUAUUUCUGAGAUGCUGGGCCUUUGGAUGUGUACGGUAACCAACCUAAUGCUAAUAUUCACAGUAAAAAAAAAAA